AUGCGUUUUUUAGCGGACCUAAUGACAUCUGAUGUGAUGACUCUCGUGAAACACAGCUUGCAAGAUCUGCAGCUGACUCUACGCGGCAACGAAUCAUCAAAUGUGAACGAGAAAAUCGCUGCGUAUGAUCGUUAUAAGAACAAGCUCAAGAAGGAGACACUCAAGUGCUUGAAGAACAAUAUGAACGGAAGCAGCGGAGAAGGAGGAGGAAAAGAGGGGAUGCCAAGAGAGCAGAACCUUCUGUUUGUAGCCGAGGCUUUGAAGGAAGCGAGGAUAGUCGUUGUGACGAUGGUUGGGUCUUUGUUCUCGCUUGAGCCGGCACUGCUUGGUUGUAUUCCUUGGCUAGAGAGGAGAUGGAGCAAAGGGUCUUUGUCUUCCAUCUUUAGUGUUCGGUCUUCGUAUUGGUUAGAUAAUGUAUGGGGCGAUACCGCGGCUGCAAGGUUGGAAGCGCUUGAGAUAGAGUUGGAAUCUAUUUUCCGGCGACUGAUUCAUACACGAGUUUCACUUCUUAAUAUUCUUACCAACUAG